ACUUUAGAAGGAUCGGCAUUGAUUAACGCGAACGGGUUUGAACGAUUCAGUCCGUUUUGGUGAACUGUUAAGAGAUUUACUUUAAAGAAUCGGUUCACAAAAUCGAUUCGCCCAAACGAACUGGACAACAGUUUUACGCCUUGCAGGAGACUCGAAAAUGCAUAAAAGACUCGAAUUGUAAACAAACGUAUUCUAUCAUAUUGCUUUAUUUAAAUAUCUCGGGUCUCCAGAUUUGUUGUUUCUUUCAGAAAACGCGCUGGGUGUGCCUCAGAAACUCACUAAUACUGUUUUUAUGAACCAGAUUUAGCUGGAAACUGCAACAGUAUGAAGAUCAUUUUAGGGAUCAUUUUUCUACUACCAGCUUGCGGUGUGUUUGGUGCUGAAACGAAUGAGCCAGUGUCAGUGAUGGAGGGACAGACUGUGACCCUUAACACUGAUAUUAUUGGUAUAAAGGAAAUCACUCGAAUAAUGUGGAGGUUUGAAACUUUACCCAUUGCUGAAUUCAAUAACAACAAGACCACGUAUCUCAAUGACCCUGAGAGAUUCAACAGACUGAAGCUGAACAGUCAGACUGGUUCUCUGACCAUCAUGAACAUCAAAACCACAGACACUGGACUUUAUAAAGCAGAGAUCAACCACAACACUGGGACUUCAAAGUGGUUAUUCAAUGUUACGCUCAGUGUUCCAGAUUCAGGCUUAUCUCCAGGUGCUGCAGCAGGAAUAUCUGUCAUCGUUCUUCUGCUGGUGUUUGCAGGAGCAGCUGCUUUUGUGUUUUACCAUCGCCACAAAUUUCUUCCUAAAAUGGAGGGGCAAAAAAAAGAGUUCGUUGUUCAACAAUGUCAGAUGUAUGAUGCGAAGAUAGUGUCUGUGAAGGAGGGAGAAUCUGUCACUCUAAAGCCUGAUGCUGUAAUUGAGAGAGACGAUCAGAUACUGUGGAAGUUUGGACCGCAAGAGACUCUUAUUGCUGAAGUCAAUGGAAAUACCAGAGAGAUCUCCACAGGUGAUUGUGCUGAUGGAAGAUUCAGAGACAGACUGAUGCUGGACUCUAAGACUGGAUCAGUAACAAUAACAAAUACAGCAAGUGAACAUGUUGGAGUCUAUAAACUGAAGAUCAUCAGCAGCACCGGGACCUCAUACCAAACAUUCAUUCUUACUCUCAUACAGGAUGUGAUGUCAGUGUCAGAGGGAAGUUCUGUCACUUUAAACAAUGACACUGAAAUACAGAACAAUGAUCUGAUCCUGUGGAUGUUUGGAGAUGAAGACAGUCUCAUAGCUCAAUUGGAAAAGACCACAGGUACAGUCGCCUUUCCUGAUGUGAGAUUUAAAAGUCUGAACCUCGACAAGAAGACUGGAUCUCUGACCAUCACAAACUUCAAAAACAAUCACACAGGACUGUACAAACUACAGAUCAGCAACAGCAGCAGGGCAACCACAAGCAAGAACUUCAAAGUGCUGUUAAACUUCAACAAAGUGUCAGUGAUGGAGGGAAAACCUGUCACGCUAAAGGUUAAUGGUGAAAUUGGUAAAACAGAUCAGAUACAGUGGCUGUGCGGAGAAGAAAACACUCUCAUUGCUGAAAUCAAGGAAGGGGGCAGUGAGACCGUUACAUAUGAUACAACUGAUGGGAGAUUCAAAGGCAAUCUGAUGUUGGAUGACAAGACUGGAUCUCUGACCAUCAAGAACACCAGACCUGAACACACUGGACUGUAUACACUAAAGAUCAACAGCAGCAAAGGGGCAUCGGACAAACAGUUCUUCAUUAUUGUCAAAGGUAUGACAUUAGGAAAGGAGGGAAACAACAUCACUCUGAAUGUACAUGCUGAAUUACAAAGAGAUGGUCUGAUCCUGUGGAUGUUUGGAGAUGAAAACAGUCUCAUAGCUCAAAUGAAUGGAGAAACCACAGAGACCACAUUUACUGAAGCCGACGAGAGAUUCAGAGACAAACUGCAGCUGGACAAGAUGACUGGAUCUCUGACCAUCAGAGACAUCACAAAUGAACACUUUGGAGCUUAUAAACUACACAUCCUCAGCAGCAAAAAGCCCACCUACAGCACAUUCAGAGUCUUUGUGUUUGGUGAAUCUGUUUCAAACACGGUGUCUGUGAUCACGGGAGAAAGCUUAAUUUUGAUCACUAAUUUUAAUGUAGAGCGAGGUGACCAACUGCAGUGGACAUUUGAAGGUGAGAUUCUAGCAUCUGGAAGGAACGGAGAUGUCAGUGAGACUUCAUACGGGGGUGAUAAGAGAUUCAGAUGCAGGCUGGAGCUGCACCAUCAAACCGCAUCUCUGACCGUGAAAAACACCAGAAGCAGCGACACUGGAGUUUAUCAGCUGAACUUCUGGAAUAGACAGAAGAAAAACAUUUGCUUGAAAGUCAAUGUUACCGUUUCUGAUGACUCCAGAAACACACCGUCUGAAUCAGUAAAUAUACAGAUGCCGCAUGAAGAAAUCCUGAGUUAUCUGUGAGUUAAACAGACCUUCCUGAACGUUUUGAAAUCUAUAGGAUACACUGAAAUGCUCUUCUUAGAUUUUUUAUUCUAGUGCAAAUAUCCUAAAAAAUCUUAAAUCAAGAAGCAUUUUCUAGACUUUCUAGUCUUGUUUUAAGAAAAUAAUUGAAUAAAAUUAAGUGUUUUCUUAACACAAAAAAUAAAUCCGCCAAUGGUGUAAGCAAAAUAACCAUGUUUCCUUUUCACAUAAGAUUAUUUAGUUUAUUAUAUUGCUUGUUUUAAGGAAAAACUCAAUUUUGAUACACUCUUUCCUAAAACCAAGACAAUCUGUGCUGCUUGUCUAGAAAAUGCUUCUUGAUUUGAGAAUUAUUAAAUAUUUGGACUAGAAGCAAGGCACAGAUUUAGAUAAGAAAAGCUUUUUGUGCAGUGUAGUUGAACCUGUGCAUGUUAAUGAUGUACAAUCGUUAGUAAAUAGGAUGCGAGUGCAGCUAUUGGUCAGUUUGAGAAACAAAGUGUUUUGACUAUUUAUUCAACAGAGGGCCACAGAGGUUUGUUCUUUCUUGGGUUGUAAUCAACUUUAUCUGUGAUCUCAAUGUUUGAUAUGUGUUGUUGCAUUACAUUGAUGUCUAUUGAAGAGACUGUUUACCCCAAAAUGAACAUUUAUUCACUAUUUACUCAUCCUCAAGUGAUUACAAACCUUUAUUGAGUUCCUUUUUCCAUUCAACAUGAAGUUAUAAUUUUUUUUUUGGAAAGCUGUAAACGUUGACUUCCAUUAUAGGAAAAGCUGAUAUUAUGGAAGUCAGUGGUUACAGAUAUUCAACAUUUCUUCAAAAUGUCUUUUGUUGGUUUGUGACAAGUGAAAGGAGAGUAAAUGAUGACAGAAUUGUCAUUUAUGGGUGAAGUGUUAAUGUUUAAUUACUGGUUAGAAUGAUCAUUAAAUAGGUUUGCUAUAAUGUGAAGUGUGAUGUAAUAAACUGUGCAUGUUUCCUUCUCGAUUAUUUGUAUUUCAGUUAUGAAGUUUUCACAUAUCAGUGAAGUAGUUGAUGCUCCAGCAGUGACUUUCUGUCUGUUCACCACACAACACUGGGUUAAAUAUGGACAACCCCAAAAUUUCUUUAUUUUUUAAAUUAAAAUUAAAAUACUCUUUUUAACCCAAUGGUUAAGUUUAUCCAUAUUUGACCCAAUGUUGUGUUAUGAAAUUCAGCGUUUUUAGAGUGCGCUAAAUGUUAAUUAAAUCUCAAUUUCUGAAACCUUUAGAUAUAGAGUUUGAUGUACACAACAUUUAAGCUCUUAGCAAUGUUGCUGAAUCUACAUAUGCAUGAAUAUAGUCUUGCUGCAGAUCAGAAUAAGAUAAGCGUGGGAUAUAUUUUGAUUCGUGUGCACACAUGUAUUUUUAUGAAAGUGCUCCGUUCUCCUUUUGACUCAUUUUACCCUUGGUACUUUUAUGACCCAGCGGUCAGCAGCUUCCCAGAAACGGCCACAUCUAUUAAGAUAUGACAGCUUUAAACAGGUUUCUUUCCAUCUAAUGCUUUUUAAAGGCCAGGUACUGUCUUUAGAAUUGAUUUUCUUGAUGUGAAUAAAGUGUGUGUGCAGACUAAGAAAUGUUUCCAGAGACAAUAAUAAAGUUUUCUUUUAAAACAAA